CGAAGUCGCGCACUCCGAUGGAUCGCGGAGUCCCGAGCUGCUGCUGAGGGGCCGAGGCGGCGAGGUCGCUUCCAACUCCCGGCGAAGAGUAUCGAGCUACGCACGCACGGCGAGAGACGCUCGGAUCGCCGCGAAGUGCGGCGCGUGUGAGAGUCUCGCGCGAUUCGCGCACGCAUUCGCGGCCAGGCGUAUAUUCGAGAAGAAUCGCUACGACGACUACGAGAGUGCGGGAGGCGGAGAGGCGCGAGCGGCCCCCAGGAGAGCGACACGUCGCGAUACGAUCGAUCCGUCAAAAGCCGUGCAGCAGCAGCAGCGGCAAGCCGAACGGCGAACUCGCGAGAUCGCCUGCCCGUUGGCGAUGGAAGAAAUGUGCUCGUGACGUCACGGAAUUCCUCGCUGCUGCUGGAAGCGAGCACUUGUCAUCGUGCCUUGUUCACGCGUAGCUGGUAUAUUCGAGGCUCUCUCGGUGCGCUCUCCCGAUAGGAGAUAAGAGAGGAGAGAGAGAGAGAGGGAAAGAUAGAGAGGCAGGGAAAUCUUUACACAUUGGAGAAACGGAGGAAGAAGAAGGGAAGUGGAAGGAGGAGAAGUAAAGAAGAUAGACGCGCAGAUAGACAGAUAGAUAGAUAGGGACACGGGGAAAGAGGAGAGUCGCGAAGGAGAGAAGGAGCCGAACGUAUAUAUCGUGGGCGUUGAGUGAUUGUUGUCGGUGCUAGUUUCCAUCGGGAGUCAUGAGGGACACGAGCGAUAUGAUGGAGGACGCCCUGUCGGAGGACACAAUGAUGGAUUGCGGCGGGGACGGUGGAGGUUUGGAGGAUUUCGUCGACUUGGCCACCGACAUCACGGAUAGUUCGCCUACCAUACGAGAUGCCGCCGAACGGUUAUUGACGCUGCUAGGCGUGGACGACGGCGACGAGGACCUGGUGUCCUCAUCCGAGGAUGAGGGUGUCGAAGUGGACAUCGAUGAUCUCGAGGACGACGACGAGGAGACGGGGAACGCGAGGCUGCUGCAUCACCUCGCGGCCUCGCUCGCGCAGGAGCUCAAGUACUCCAGUACACGAUCCAGUCCGUCCACCUCCGGCAGGGGGGCGCAUCAGGCCCGGGGGGGCUCGGCGCACUGCGUGGAGAUGCUGCAGGACACGAGCUACCUCGAGCGCGGCUGCCUGCAGGAUCAAGCGGAGCCGAAGGCGCCUGUUCAUCAGCAGAGCGACUUCUUCGCCCGCAGCGGGCAAUUGUUCGAGGAGCGGAGCACCGCCGGUCGCACCAAGUCCUUCCUGAGCUUCGACGCCUACCGCCAAGAUCGGCAGGAGCAGCGCAGCCGGUCGUUCGAGCCGAAGGACGCGGCGAGUCACGCUUUCCCCGGCUACAUCUGUCUCGAUCAGCGUCUGAGAACGGGAGAGCAGGCCGCCGCGCAACCUGACAACAAGUACUUCGGCCACCAACAGCAGGACACCGACUCCUGGGCGGCCGGCUGGGACGCCUGCGCCAACGAGGCGCUCCGGUACCUCGUCGAGGACGAGGGCCUGCCGCUUCAUCAUCCCACGGUAAUCGCCAUGAAGAACCACCUGGACCUGCAGAGGGAGCGGGCGUUCGCCCAGCACACCGGCUAUACGGAGGCCAAGUCGCAGGAUAUGAAUCUGGCCCUGGAUUGACUCGGCCGAUGAAGCCCUCCCGGAUCAAGGUAGUGAACGAUUAUUGCAGGCUCUCACGAGGACGCGUCGUCGUCGUCGAGGAGCCCUCUCUCCCGAGAGAUCGCGAGAGGGGGAUAUUCUCCGGAGUCUCGAGGAAGUGUUCCGAGUAAAUUGAUCUUAUUGUUUAAGUAAAUUAAUCGCACAUCUCCCUCUCUCUCUGUCUUCGUUGUCUCUUGCACGCUGAAGAACGCGAACACGGUGUGUCGUGAAGUUUGCGCAGGGUUCUCUUCGCUUUCUUAUUUCCCUCCCGAGGAGGAGCUCCCUAAUUUCCUCGAGAGCCGCCGACUCGCUCGGGUUUCGCGCUCAUGUAAUUCGCGCUUCUCUCGAUUUUCCUACCAUUUUCUUCCUUACGUUGCUGAAACUUCAUCGAUCGGAUUAUCGCUCGGUGUACUCGGUUUCGUCGCGGCGUCGACUCGUUAGCUGUACGUUUCGUAACGUCGGUAUCGAUGUGAAUGCAAUCGUACACUUGGUUUCAGCACAGUUUGUGAUGUUUCCCUCCACGCACAGAUUGGAAACGCAGCCGAUGGUCUAAGGGUGCGACUUAUUUUUGUUUGGUUCGCGGAAGUCGAGCUCUCUCGUUGAAUCAUCGAUGAUAGAGAACGCCCAGACCGUGCUGGAACCAAGCACGUCGAUUUCUGUCUUUGACAGUUCUAAUUUCGAGCGCCGUUCUCUGAGAAUCUCGUAGAGAUCGCGUUUCAUCAGGAACUAAGAUCCCAUUCGCGCUCCUCUCCCGUUUCCCUUAAAUUCCCGACAGUGCUCCUUCGCGAUGAUUGGGAGAUGAUUUUCGGGAGCCACUGAGAGAAAAUAUCCCCGACAGAGUUAGGGAAUCGUCGGACGAGUUGGGAGAACGUUCGGUGAAUCACAGAACUAGCUAUUCAUAGAACAAAUUCCUAGGUUAGUUUAUCGUAAGUCAAAGAAGAACGAUCGACGAAGUUGAUUAAGCAGGAUAACGGAGAACGGGGGAAUUGUUAAUUAUUUGUUACGUGAGAUAAGCAUCGAUGCAAUCGCCGGCGAAAUAUCGCGAAAAUCGCUCUCAAUUGUCGCCAGCGUGACAUUCGCGCGCCUGGGCUUCACGAUUUUGCGAAAAAGGUAAAAAGUAAUAGAUAACAGCAUCAAUUUGACCUCUCAUUUGCAUGUAGAUACGAAUUUUAUUUUAAUAUCCAAGAUCUACUUUGAACUUUGCGUCGGAGGAGUUGUUUUAAUACCUCGACGAUAUCUCCUUUUCCUCUGGAUCGUUGCAUUUUGCCGGCGAUUACGUGCGGGAGACGAUUUUCAGUCGGAUCGUAUAGGAAGGAGAAUUGGCCACAAUGUCGACAAUAGCAAGGAAACGUUUCAGCCCCGAAAAUUGUAUGUACAUAAUUCGGACUAGGCGAGAGACGACGACAGCUCAGCGACUAGGUAGGAACCUUAUUCGGCCGUAGAUCACAGUGAAUUAUUAUUUAGGACGAACGAUCGUCGUUCCCCGUAUACGACGAAUUGAUCGGGACGUCACACGUCGCCUCGCAGCGCCGACGUUCGAUCAAUUCGGUAUUAAUAAAUAAAAAAAACGAGAGAGAGAGAAAGAAUUAAAGAUGAAGUAAAAUAAGACCGAUUCUCGCGAGUGAUUCAGGAUCGACGGCCGACCUCGAUCGCGCGUCACUCGUCCCAGCGACCUGUAUGUCGUGAUUGAUCGCGUAGAAAGGAGAUACGAAUCGCAAAACGAAUAGCCGGACAUUUUUUCAGAGUCCGUCUGCUUCCGGCGAUCCUGCUUACUUCCCGCGCGUCCUUUCCGCGCGAUCGAUCGUACCGAGUAACGUAAAAUAUCUCUGUACAUAUGUAUGAUAUCGUUUUAACUUAUACACAACUAUUGUUACUUUUACAAUAAAUCAUUGUAGAUAACAUUGACCACACACAGUAAAUAAACGACCGCUAAGUUAAUUAA